ACUCUAACAGUUCGCUAUGGCGAGUUUCCGCGUUUUUGCGGUAUGUCUAUUAGGUCUAUUGUCUUCCAGGGCACUGGCCGUUGUUAGACACCGCAACAGGUUAUCGGUUGGACAUUCAUUCCAUGAUGCUGAGCAAAGUAAUCUUCCUUCUCCCAAUGAGGCAUUCACAGGUUCUGCUUUUAUCGGUGCUCACAAUUCGGGUUCAUCUAGCUUUUACAGCAGGGGUUUCCGUAGCAACAGCAGUUCACUAUCUGCCAAGCCUAAGGAGAUAAUUUUACAUGACGAAUGCCGCAACAACUUGCUUGCUGGUGUCAGUACUGUUGCUGAUACAGUUCGUGUGACUUUAGGACCUCGUGGUCGCAAUGUUCUUUUGGAGAAGGAGUUUGGCUCGCCCAUAAUUGUUAAUGACGGUGUAACCAUAGCUCGUAAUAUUGAGCUUGAGGACCGUAAGAUUAAUGUCGGCGCUAAGCUUAUACAGGAGAUUGCCAGUGCUUCUGAUGAUCGUGCUGGUGACGGUACUACCUCUACCUCUAUUCUCGCUGCUGAGAUAGCCAAGAAGGGUGUUGAUUAUGUCAAUAAGGGUCACAAUCCAAUUCCUAUUCAGAAGGGUAUCCAAAAAACUUCCAAGUUGAUCAUUGAGGAGUUGAAGAGUUUAAGUAAGCCUGUGAAUGGUUAUAAGGACUUGCUCAACAUUGCUACUGUUGCUACUAGUGGCAAUGUUGUUAUGGGUGAGGUUAUUGCUAGGGCCUUUGACAAGUUGGGUGCCAAUGCAGCUACAGUUCUUGAGGAGAACCCUGCUUUGGAGGACCAGCUUGACUUUACUGAGGGUUAUACCUUUGAGCGUGGUUUUGCUAAUCCUUACUUCCUUCUUGGUGAGGAGAAGGACACCAUAGAGUGGACUGCUCCUCAGAUAUUGAUUUCUGAUGGUAAGAUCGAGAGUGCUCAAUCCGUGUUGCCCAUUUUGGAGCAUGCUGCCAAGACCAAGACCCCCUUGGUCAUUAUUGCUGAGGACUUUGGUCCCGAUGCUAUGCAGACGUUUAUUAUCAACAAGAUGCGUGGCAUGUUAAAGGUUGUUGCUGUUAAGGCUCCUUCGUUUGGUGAGCGUCGUAAGGACUAUUUGCAGGACAUUGCUACUGCCACCGGUUCUACCUUUGUAUCUCAGGAUGUCGGCAUUAGUUUCAAUGACUUGACUGUUGACAUGUUGGGUAUGGCUAAGAAUGUUGUUAUUAAGAAGGACCGUACUUCUAUAUUAACACUGCCGCAAUUCAAUGACGUCAUUAAGAAGCGCAUCCAGUCACUUUUAUCGGAGAAGGAACGUUCCACUUCAUCAUUUGACAAGCAGAAAUUGAAUGAACGCAUUGCUGCGUUAUCCGGUGGCAUUGCUCGUAUUCGUAUCGGUGCUGCCACGGAAACCGAAUUAAAGGAGAAGCGUCUUCGUUAUGAGGAUGCCAUUAAUGCUGUAAGGGCUGCCAUGGAGACCGGUUUCGUUCCUGGUGGUGGUGUUGCUUAUUUGGCUAUGCAAUCUCCAGAGUUCACUGCUAAGGCUGAGCGCCACAUCAAUGACACAGUGACUGCUGAGAUGCGUCCCAGCGACCCUAACCUUGAGGGUGAGAAGGCCGAUGACGUUGAGAGCGAAAUUGCUUUACAGCAGGCCGGUGCUAAGAUUGUACUCGAUGCUAUGUCUAUCAUUACUCAGCAAAUUGCUGACAACGCAGGUGCCAAUGGCGCCAAGGUUGUUGAGCGCAUUAAAUCUAGUGGCAAGCCAUUUGGUUACGGCUGGAAUGCCAAGACCAAUAGCUACGGCGACAUGAUUCAGCAGGGUGUGAUCGAUCCUACUAAGGUCGUCAUGAAUGCCGUCGAGAACGCUUCUUCGGUUGCUGGUCUCAUCCUCACUACUGAGGGCAUGAUGGUUGAGAAGGAGACUGAGAAGAAGAAGGGUGUUGCCUCAUCCAUUGAGGAUGCUUAUGAGUAAACCUCUUACUAAGCCCUAAUAUCGUUAUGCAGUGUAUUAG